AUGCAGGCCUCCUCGGGGCUGAAGGGGACCAGCGUUGGUCUCUGCGGCUUGAGGCGACGCCAUCAGCGUCGUAACACCGAGGUCUACUUCAUCGAGCUCUUCCUCAUCGCCCUUGGGUGGUGCAUGGGAGCGAGGCUCGACUUCUUGGUGCCGUACCAGUACGUCGGAGGUGACCUGGGCCUGAGGAUCCAUGAGUUCGUCAGGCGCGGCGAGUGGGACAAUGUGGUGCUCGACACGGAGACGCUCGUGCUGAGAGCUACAGCUCCCUUGACGGGCACAAUACCGAUGCCGCCAGCGCCACCUUCUCCAGCGUUCAGGCCGAUCAAGAUGCUCAAGCGCUGGAAGAAAAUCAGCCCAGAGAUGCAGGUCAGCGACGCCAAGGAGCAGAAGAAAACAUUUGUACUCAGCCACACGGCGCACAAACGCAGGAAGCGCAAGGAUAAGUUCGCCAAAGUCAGGGACGGCACCACCGAGGGUUCUGGGGAGCGGCCAGGCCCUCGCGGCUGCGUCGAAUACUUCAUUGGCGACCUCUCCAUCAACGGGGACGGGGACGGCGAUCAUGGUUAACAUCGGCGACAUGAAGGCGCCUCUGCCUCCGCUCCCCAUGAUGAUGAAGGAGGAGGGGGGCCCUCGCCCCGUUGCGCGGGAGUGGAUCUAAGCCGGUCCCUAAGCGUUGCGUUUGAGGGGGGAGGGAUUGGGCUCGUCCCGCCUGGCAUUCUGCACCUCGUAGAGGAGAAGACCAGGCCUACCAUGGUUUGCAAGAGUCACGGCUUCAAUGUCGACGCAAAGACGUUCAUGCCAGCAGAUCAGUACACACGUUGGAGGAGGUCACCGAUCGAGAGCGGCGUCGAGGGCGAGUUCGAGCCCACUUUCGACGACAUCAUCAAUGGCAAGUUCGACAAUUCGGAGGGCAUUGUCCCGCCCGCCAUCAGCAACACCGAGGAGUACUUCCAGCCCUCCUUCGCGGGCGACUUCGCGCCCAUCCUGAAGAGUGACACCGAGGGCGACUUCCAGCCCCUUUCCAAGAAUGACUUCGAGGACAACCUCGAGCCCACCUUCAACUUCGACGCCGA